GGGGACAUAUUCUCAAGACAAGAACUGGGCUAUAUACUUCGAAUCAACGAUCUCAGCGUCGGUGAGGCGGUCCACGGGCGGGUCAAGCGCGUCGGAGUUGCAACGUGUGUGCCAGUGGACACUGUCAUCACUUUGAAGAAGUUCGAAUCGACGAUCUCUGAGUCAGCGUCAGUGGGAGCUGACAAGAGCCAAAGGGACCCAGAAAAAGGGAAGAAGGAUCAUGGCGGAUAGCAUGAGUUAUGUUAGCAUGGAUAACAGUGACAUGAGUGGGGUGAGUGGGGUGAGUGGGGUGAGCAACUCGCGCACACGACUUGACUUGACUGUCCUGUUUCACAAGGCCAGAGAUGUUUCGAAGGGCCUCCAUGGCGACGACAGUUUCCUGUACGUCGACGUGCACCCUCGUGAGCCAUGGGUCAUCUUCAUAGAGCAGUGCAGAUCGAUCCAAGUGUGGGACUGUGCGCAGCAGACUAUGAUCACCAGCUGGAACAUCGACGAACAACUGGGUCCUUGGGAUGCGGUGAAGUUCCUUGAGCGCCAUGGCGGUCUGUUCAUCGUUCUGAGCAAUCGAAACAGUAUCCUGAUGCGCAGGGUAAACACUUCCAACUUCGAAUGGGACCUAAUCAAGCAGUUUCAACCGCACAAGUGCUCCAUGCACGACAUGGUCAUCCACCCCAACUCGUCGUACCUCAUGACGUUUUCGGAGAAGAGCUCCAAGCUGUGGAAUUGGAAUGCGGGCUGGGCGGUGAAGAGCUUCAGAAGUCCGGCUGGAGCCAGAGUGACGGCUGUGGCUUUGCACCCGCAUGACCGCAGAGUCGUAUUUGCCAACGCCUAUAGCGACAACAAAAUCCGAGUGUGGAGCGCUGAGAACAAGUCUAUUCUGUACACGGUCACCAGCGACCACCAGACCACGGUCCUGCAGUUCUACACCAAGCGCCAGAGCCCGCUUUUGAUCGCUGGUACGAGCGAAGGCACGGUUGAGGUAUGGGACUACGAGAAAUCACGCCUGGCAGCGGAACUCACAGGGCUCGACCGCAGCGUCUGUGCCGUAUUCGCACAUCCCCGGUUGCCCUACAUCUUCGCCGCCUCGGAGUUUGGAAUGAUUUGCGCUUGGGCGGAGUCAACCUACCAGCCGGUGAUGGCCCACUCCAGUGUUUUGACCGAGAUCUGUAGCAUGGCUGCUUGCGAAAGCACCAGCUGUGAUAUGCUUGUGAUUGGCGGGAGAAGGGAGUUUGCGCUGUUGGAGAUUAUUAUAGAAACGCAACCCGAUCUUUUGCCUAGAUCACAUAUACCGGAAUCGCUAGAGCAGUUGCUGCGGCAGGCGGUGACGAGAGAAGCACAUGCACAGCAAAUGCUGUCUGAAGCAAUAGAGCUGCGGAACAAAAUAAUGAACAAGCAAGCGGACACGAUUCGGCAGCUGGAGGGUGAGACAUGUAUGCUGGAGCGGAGGAUAAGUCUGUUGGAGAACAGUAGCCAAGGAAGCCGGAAGCUGGAUGCCGGUGACAUCCCAUGGCAGGUAUAUCCGGCCGAAAAUCUACAGGUCGGCGGCCAGUCAAGAGUAGUAGCAGCAGACCACCAGAGCAACGGAGGCUUCGAAUGCGGUCAGCUCCGUCAAGUUGUGCCUGUCCAAAUGAAGAGGCUCGCCGUCCGCAAUCUUUCGACCCUGUUGGACAAAGACCUGGUGGACAAGUUGACCUCCCUCAAGCACCCACACUUGCUGCGAUUUUUGGGUGUUUGCAAUGAGCAGAACUGUCUGAUUUACGAGCCCAUGGCGAAUGGAAGCGUAAAGGACUGCGUUUCGCCGCAGGAAGGGUCCGGCGCAGCAGCAGCACGAUUGCCAUGGUUCGACCGGCUGCGGAUUAUGUCUGAGGUUGCUCAAGCUCUCUUCUUUCUGCACGCCGACACGUCGGCAACGGGUCGUCCCAUCAUUCAUGGCUGCAUCAACCCCUCCAACAUCCUCUUGGACAAAGACUUUGUGUCUAAAAUUAGCAGCAUCGACAGCGUAAUCACGCUCCGCCAACAGGCGGAGAUCGGGCAAACGCCGGGAAUCCGUUUGCCCCUCGGAACGAGCAUCGAACACAUUGCGCCGGAGUACUUCAGCAAACGCAAAUGCGACGAGAAGACUGACGUUUUCGCUCUCGGAGUCACGUUCCUUGAGAUGUUGACCGGAAGGCUAGGAAGUCAAUCGGCAGGGUCGGCGAACGUGGCGGAAAUGAUGGAAGAGGUGGUGAACGACGACAUGGCGUUUCGAAAUGCGCUCGAUCAUCGUGCGGGUCUUUGGGAUGUGGACCUGGCGCGGGAAGUGGCACGGCUUGCAAUGAAGUGCGCAAGCAUCGACAAACGUUGUCGGCCUGCUAGCGAUGCCAUUCUUGAUGUGUUGAAUGGGAUAGCCGCUAGGGUGAGACCUGGCAACUCAGCGCUCGUCACAGCAUGACAGCCGGACAGUCAACACAGAAGUCAAAAGAACGACGAAGCUCUGUUUUUUUUCUGUGCACUUGGACAAACAUUCGCAAACAUUGUCG